UGCUGGCUCUGCUUAUUUGUGCAAAAGCACGUUAGCGAGGUGGCGUAUUUAGAAACAUAAAGUAAUGGAUUUACCCUGCCCAGACUGGAUCAGGCACGCGGAACAGAUUUGGAGUCAGUUGGAUCCUGAGCAACAAAAAAAGUUAUCCGUCCUGUCCGACAUAGACGAAAUAUUUGUUUUUGGACAGUCACAGACAACGGUCGAGGAUGUCCAGGUCCUGUCCAGUAUCAGCAUCACCUACCCCGUGCAAAAGUGCGCUCAGAGUGCUGGGCGGUGUAGAGAGAGAGGCAACAGCAGUUUCAAAGCUAAAGACUACAUGGCAGCUUCGCUACACUACUCACAGGGUUUGUGCCACGCCCCGGAGGACUCUGAGCAGCUGGCACUGUGCUAUGCCAACCGAUCAGCUGCCCUGUUUCACCUCGCCUACUACCAGGAGAGUCUGGAGGACAUCGAGCGAGCGCUGGCACACGGCUACCCCUCUCAGCUACAGCCGAAGCUCCUCACCAGGAGAGAGCAGUGCCAGGCCUCCAUACGGGCACAGCCGCAGCCUGGGCAGCAGCAGACAGGCAUGGCGGCGCCAACCGUCAUCGCAGCAGGAGUGAGUCUGCACGUCAGCCCGGAGAAAGGGCGCCAUCUGGUGGCCACGGAGGGCAAGUGCGCUGGAGAGGUGCUGCUGGAGGACCAGGCCUUCAGCUGUGUGCUGAUCCCAGGAGAGGGGCUCAUGGGUGGGCCGGAGGGGAGGACCAAGAAGGGGACAGAUGGGUCAAAAGGGGCAUUUGGCACGGAGGACCGCUGCUGCCACCGCUGCCUGUGCCCGACGCUGUGCCCAGUGCCCUGCCCUAGCUGCAGUUACUCGCGCUACUGUGGGCAACGGUGCCAACAGCAGGCCUGGCAGGAGCACCAUCGCUGGGAGUGCCCCCUGGGGGCAGAGCUGAGAGCCGUAGGCGUCCUGGCUCAGCUGGCACUGCGGGUGGCACUGAAGGGCGGCCUGCGGCAGGUCAAGAGGGCACGAGGGUCAGAGGUCAAGGCUAGAAGCCAGUCAAAGCAGGAAGUGCCUGAGGAGGUGAAGGAGAAGGAAAGUGAUGAUGAGAAAGAGAACACACACGCUCACGACACCACAGUGCCCUCUGCUGGACAAACCAAGCCAGUGCUGCCCAGCAGUGGCUCCAUGCAGAUGUCUGACCUCUGUGCGGGUUGCCAUGGUGAUGCUUAUCAGCUUGUCUACAGUCUGUUACCACACAUGGAGGGACACGCCCCAAGCCUGCGAUUCCUUUACGCCAUUACCGUAGCAACCUAUCAAUUACUGCAGCAGGCAGGGCCUCCUCCAUACUCUUGGGGAGGCAGGGACUACGGGAGUGACAGCUCUGAUAGCCAAUCAGUAUGUGAGGAUUCUGCGGCUGGAGAAUGGAGUCCAGAAUUGAGCAUGCUGGGAGCUACAGCUCUGAGACAUCUCUUACAGCUGAGGGCGAACGCCCAGGCCAUCAUUACUGAGAGAGUAUCAGAUAAGUGUGGAGCGGCGGUACAGGCCAGCCAAGAGAUCCGCGUCGCUACGGCAAUAUUUCCGACUCUCAGCCUCAUGAACCACGCCUGCCGACCCAACACCAGCGUGACCUUUGACCCGGGGUACGGUGGUGGGGGCGCCCCAGAUGGGACCUCGUCCCUCACCACGUCUGCCACAGGGGUCUCCGUCACAGUCCGCGCCGCCAGGGACCUGACUGCUGGAGACGAGCUGCUGCACUGCUACGGUCCCCACUGCAGCCGGAUGAAGGUGCAGGAGCGACAGCGCCUCCUCCUGGAGCAGUACCGCUUCACCUGUCAGUGUGAGGCCUGCCUGCAGGACCUGAAGUCACCACCAGAGGGCUCUCUCACCACAACACAUUACAAGUUUCCCAUAUGUGCCAAAGCUCUGCAGACAGGAGCUGGCGGUUAUGUGUGUGUGUGUAAGGGCUGUUCAGGGCAGCUGUCCAGCAGGGAGGCGGAGCAGACCCUGCAGGUCAUCACAGCACGGCUGGAUCAGGCUCUGGAGCUGCUGGACCUGGACAGGCCAGACGAGGCCCUCAGGCUUCUCCAGCAAGCUCUGAGUAGAGCAAAGCGCCACCUACUGGAGACACACAAACUGCAGGGGAAACUCUCUGAUACCACUGCCAGAGCCUACGCAAGCAUGGGUAACUGGUGUGAGGCGGCGUCCCACCUGAGCCGCAGUGUGUCGUGGGUCCGCGGGCAGUUUGGAGCGGACAGUGUGGAGGUGGGACAGCAGCUCUUCAAACUGGCACAGCUGCACUUCAACGGAUACUGUGGGUUUGGGGAUAGCGACCACUGCUGUUUUGCCACGCUUUAUUAUCUUCACGACGAACACUUUGUUUGCGUUUGUAACACGCUGACCAAUGAAGCCGAGUUUGCUCGCCUCACCACUGUUGACCUGAAAGGCUGUCUCUUUGCUGGCCUGGACAAGUAUCUGCAGAGGUUGUGUUCCAACCAAUGGAAAAGGACCGUCGUGCUGAUGGGGCUCCCCCACUACCUCAAAGAUGUUGCGUCCAACUUUUACAAGAAAGUUCAGGCCACAGUUGCUGAGGAGGACAAAACGAGAGGAAUGACAGUGGGCAUCCUCAUGGUGGCAGAUGGGAAUGAUACUGUUGGUUUCGCUGUGGUCAUUGAGGAAGAAAUCAUCCUUCCGUCGCUCAGUGAUUUUCCAACAGCAGCUGUGGCACUUCUAAUGGGUCUGCUCUACGCACUGAACAUUGACUACCCCAAAGAUACAAGGUACACAUUUGAAGUCAUUCAGAAGGUGCUCAUGGACAUUGAGGUCGUUAAGCUGUUUGAGGGCCUACAGCGGAGGGUGAUGAUGAAACUGGAGAUGAUGGAGGAUAAACUCACCAGGGUGGUCAACCUUCUUAACGAAUGUGGACGGGUGGGGCCAGUGGGCGUAGAGGAGGAUCCCCUGGAUAUCUUCCAGCAGCCACUGGAGACAGUAGAGGGUUUGGACCAGUUGUGCCACCGUCUGCAGGAGGGCACUUUUAGAAAGAAGACAAUUCAAUAUCUAAGCUUGCAGGCUGGUGCCACUCUGGGGGAAGGUGUCCGGAGGAUGCUGAGGAAAAUUGGCACCAACUCCCUGUGGGCACAAUUUUCAUAUAAGGGGAGAAAGGGGAAAAAGGCCUUUCAGCCCCUCCUUAUAAACGAGGCCAUGAUAAAAGCAUGCAAUAAAGUCCACACUAAGACAAGGACCCGGCUCAUAGAGGACUGCAUUGCCGUUGCCUUGAAGCACGCCCCAGACUGUGUGCAGGGGCAUAGGAAGAAGCCAUGUGCAGGUCGCCAAGAGGCCCGCCACGAGGAGGAAGACGGGCAGCAACAAGAGGAGGAGGAGGAAGAGGAGGAGGUGGAGGACGACGACGAUGAUGACGACGACGUCACAGAUAUCGAGGCUGGGCGCCAGUCCAAUUUCUCCUUCAGUUUAUUUUGA